AUGUCUGAUAAUUAUAAUGAUAAUAUUUUUAUUCUUGAAUCAAAUAUCGAAGAAUAUGAACCCUCUUCCUUCAAAUUUAAUGUUACAAAAAGUUCUUGUAAUAAUUUUAUGACAGAUUUUUUCAAAGAGUUAUUACAAGAAUUAUACGUAAUUCUUUUAAAUAUAGACAUAAAAUCUGAUAUUGAAGUUCAAUUAAAUGAAUUUAUGAAUAAUUUUUUAUUCGAAUAUGAUUUAGACCCUAAAGAUGUACUUGAUAUUAUGACUAAUAACUCUGAAAAUAUUUUUUGUUAUUCAAAAAAAGGGCAUGCACCUAGUCAAUUUACAAUAGCAAAUUAUUAUAAAUGUGUCCCAAAAGAUUUAGAAAAAUGGUAUUAUUGGAAUAGAAAAGCUGCAAUAAAUGGUUGUAUUGAUGCUCAAUAUAAGUUAGCAGAUUAUUAUCUUAAUAACAAUAAUGAGGGCAAAGCAUUUAAGUGGUAUAUGAAAUUAGCCGAUAAAAAAGAUAGCAUAAGAGCACUUUAUUUAGUUGCAAAAUGUUAUAGGGAUGGUAUUGGAAUUGAUAAAAAUUUCAAAGAGGCUACAAAUUGGUUUAAUAAAUUAAAACAGGAGUACGUAACACAUUGUGACAAAACGAUAACUAAUAUUCACCCUUCUGCCGAAUUUCACGGCUAUAUAGAGAGGGGCAAAUAUUGUUUAUUAAGUAGGACGGUUAUUAUUAUUAUAAAAAAGAAAUUAGGCAUUUGUUAUGAGUACGGAUAUGGGGCUAUAAAUGAUGAAAUCUGCCGAGCGAAGAAAGUAUCGGAAAUUGAUGAGUACGACGAAUUUAUUAUCUUUAUUUGA